ACCUGGCACGAUUUCUUCCGUCACUGCAGCUCCACCCAAAACCCGUCUCCUCUCCAGCACGGCUACUGAUCUGCCAGCCUUUGCGAGGUAUCCUGCCUGCAAAAUCUCUAGCUAACACGUGCGUGAGGAUUGGACAGAGCGAGCAGCCGCAUUCUGGACCGACCGAGGCCGUAACUCACUGCCACCAGGCCGUUGUGACCUCCUCCAACCACGACAGCGUCGAAACGCUGGCCUUGGAAACUUGAUGGGGCUCUUGAAGAGCUCCAGCGGACGAACCACCGAGCACGCAUUUUCACUUCUCGAUAUCGCGUUUCGAGUAUAAUCUGCGCGUGCGUAAAAACACAUAAGAGAGGCGUGGCACAUAAGCGGAUGAUGGUGUAUUGAGACGGUUAGAGCUAGAGAACAAGACAUCAGAACCCCUGUUUUCGACACACUUUACUAGAUCAGGACUGGUGAGAGAGCUUCGACCACGACACAGCAAUGUCCGCCGAGAAAAGGCGCUCGACCGCCCACGUGAAGCCGCGAAGGAGCAGCAACCAUAACGGCGUUGGUCUGAGGGACGUGAGCCAGACCGUGGAGACCUACCACAACCUACUGGACAGGCUGUACCCCGUAUUUGCCGUCUGGGAUAUCGCGCUUUACGUCGCCAGGUGGGAGAACUACUUACUGACUCUAGUCACCAUACUCGUCCUUAGCCUCCUCCUCUACUUUCCCUCCGUGCUCUGCAGUCUCCUGACACUCGCUGCCAUCCUGGUCAUGGGUGUCGGGAGGUACCACGGGCAGACCAAAACUCUGGUAGAACUGAGAAAGGCUCCUCCUGUGGAACUGUUAGACCAAGACCAACACUUACUGAAAAAGCAGCACACUGAACAGGAACAAAUGCACAAGUCAAGAUUAGAGUUUAGACAAAUUUUAUCAAAUGCUGAAAAUUUUAUGCUUGGUGUGGAAAAGAUGUUGGACUACAUUUACAGUAUUUACCUGUGGAAAUCACCAGAAGUCUCAUUGUGUGUGACUGUGUUACUGUGUCUGGUACUGGUGCUACUCUGCACCAUUGACUUGCACACUAUCGGAGCGGCCAUUCCUGCCAUUGUUCUCUGUACUAACAGACACUUCUUUUCAAGGUCGAUAGGUCUGUGGAAGCUGCUGCUGAGAAGACUGAAGGACAGAUUGGACCGGAGGAGAAACAGACAGAGAAUAGAGACUCAGGUGACGGCCGAGACCACUGGCAGUCAGGAGGGGGUGGAGAGAGUAGAGGAGGAGGAGGAGGAGGAGGAGGGGGACACAGAGCCUGGCUCUGUGAUAAACCCAGCACUACCAGAGGAACAAGACAGCAGCAAUGAGGCUGGGCUCUCAGAUGCUAGUCAUACCCCAGAACUGAGACAGAGGACAAGCCAGAGAGGGUCUCAGGGCAGACACACAGACUCCCCCACUGCACCAGGAGCUGUGGACACUGUCUCCAGGUCAGGGGAAGGCGUGGUGGACCCCGAGGCAGGCCAAGGGACACCGCAAUCAACUAAGAGAGAUGGAAAAGGUGUGCUCCUUAUAACGAUGGUGGUGUGACGGAAACAUCUUGUACAAUGAUAACUCUGUUGUAGCCACACAGCACGAGCUAUGCAGUAAAUGCAAGACAGCGUUGUUUUUCCUCAAAAGAAAGGUGUGUCAUAUUCGCCGCUCACAGUCAGCAGCUGAGUGCUUCUGUUUUCGACUCUCUUCCUGCUCAGCAUGACUGCAACGUGUGUGGACAGACGUUUUGCGGAUCGUGUACCAGUAAAGUCAAGAAAGCUGCACUGGGAGUAACUUCUCCGGCUGCUUAUGAGACAUCAGUGAGAGUGUGUUUGAACUGUAAGGCUCAGCUGGAUCAAGUGACUAAGGCCAACCCACAGUGACACUCGUAAAAAUAGCAAAUUCACAACCACUUUUCCGUCCGACAUCAAAUUUUUGCUUUGUAAUUACAUUACUGUGUUAUACCAGUUGCAAAGAGAUUGAUCACCAAAUAUUUUCAUACUGUCUCUGGUUUGGACAAUAAUAUUAGGAUGGCGGAUGAUCUGACGAAGUGGACAAAAGAUUGCAGUGUUUUGUGGAAUGUAGUCAGAUGAACUUUGUAGCAAUGGCGAUGACCUUUGAGAGCUGUCGGCUUCUCUUCCGAAUGACGGACGGCACAGGGCCCAUUAUCCGUGUCCCCACUGGCUCCAGUUUGUCGUUGAGCAGGAUUAUGUUGUGGGUGUCAUAGCGAGGGAGUUUCUUACUGGGCCGCCGGUUGCUCACCACCAGGGCCUUGUGGACCUUGCCCAGGUGAGCGAUGGUUAUCACCUCGCCGAACCCCGCCUCGCGAGAGUUUUUGGGGAGCUUUAUACAGUAGGGGCGGUCCAGGCGCGUCACUUUCUUGGCGUUCUCGCUGUUGUCCACGAUCGUCAAUCGCGUGAGCAGCCCCACAGAUCGUCGGGGCGUCAGUAGAGAACAGGGUGACCGAAGUAAGCCGGCGACGAGGGAGGGAAACCUCCCAGCAACAAAAAUCAUCGUGAUUCAACCUCC